AAUAUUCUGCACAACCCAUUUACCACACUACCUACACAACACAUGUGACUUUAGAUGUGAUGUUUUUUUUUAAAUUAACCCGUGAAGGACCCUUUAGUUCACUAGCUGGUACUAAAGGCCCUUUUAAUUUGGGUUGGAGCCACUAAACAGAACCAAAGGGUCAUCCUUUAAUCCCAGUUGGUGUUACCAUUACCAUCCUAGACUAAAUGUUUUGGACUUAGUCCCAGUUGGAGCUCCAUGCCGCUCUCUAGCCUUUGAAUUCGGAACUAAAAUCUUCGUUAGUUCCGGGUCCAACGGCAGUCGGGAUCAAAAAAAAAAAACCUUUUCUGUAGUGUGAAUAUUUCACCAGUCCAUCGACUUAAACAGACGAUACACGGUGGACUAGAACUGAGCAUGGGCCAGACAGGCCGAAGAAAAUAAAACAAUGUUUGUUUCGGCCUAAAUUUGGCUGCCCGGCCUGGCCCAAAUAAUAACCCAACUGGACAUAGAUUGGGCCUUUUUUAAUCACGCCGAUGCCCUGAGCUCUGUUUUUAUUUUUUUCGUUUACCCAAAAUGGGCCGGAACAGAUCAUAGAACCAAAAUGGCUUCUCGUUGCUGCAUUUCCCAAAGGGAUAAUGUCUCGACCAGUUACAUCCAAACAUGUUAGUUGAUUGUAACGUGCAACGAAGUCAGUUAUUAGACUUGAAAUUGGUCCCCUCACUUGGAUGCUCCAUUAGCACUAACUAGGAUUCAAACUCGACAUCAUGCAUGUGUCGAACCUUCUAAAAUCUAAGCUGACGUGGGAAGUUGAAUGAUUCACAUUCACCUAUAGUUCAACAACUAGAACUAAAAUCUACAUAUGUCCAGAGACUGAAACAAGGUCCGAAAUAAACGAACAGCAAACUUAUACCAAGGAACACAAAAUGCAACCAAAAUAAAAUAAAAUAAAAUAAAUACUAUAGAUGCAAUAUACCUCAUUUUAAAGGUUUAGCCAUGUGGGCGCCAUUGCAAGUAGGUACAAGACAUACAUAUACCAGCAUAAACAUACCAUCAAUCAGCAUACAGGUCACGCAUCGAUCUUGUCUGACUAACCAGUAACCACUAACCACAUUAUAAUGCUGGUGGCAACAACUCCAUUAAGGCAGCUAUACGCCUCACCGCUGUGCUUACAAGCUGUACUUAUACAGUCCAGACUCGACAGAUCGAAGAUAUCACUGAUCAAUUCAAGAGACAGAACAAAAACUGUUAUGCUAACUCAAAGUAAGUGUAAGUAAAAAAAAAGUUAAAAAGAGAAGGUGACUAUUGAUGAGGGUCUCUGAUCAAUAUGCACCAGAUCCGCAGAUCACAACCAAUUUUCUAGUCAGGUAGGGAUGCAAGUUAGAUAAUUUUGGGUAAUUGGAUCGAUCCAAAAAGUCAAUAAAAUGAUAUUAUGCAUAAAUAAUUUGAAAGAAGAAAUGAACUAGAGUGAUAUGUCAUCUGAAUUAAUUAGCUAAUCUAAAAAAUAACAUUAGAUACCCACUUGCACUGCAUCUUUAGGUAGAGGGAAGAGGUUCGAUCGGAAACGUGAAAUGCAUGUACGUUCGACAGCCAGCAGAUGCGGGCCCCCCGAGACCCGAUCGACGCCAUUUAUUCCUCAUCAUGGAAUUAGGAAUCUGACACUGUCGUCCACAGACGGAAUCAUCACACAUGAUCAGACGGGCAAUCUGUAUCUGAUAUCUGCAGGCAUGCCCAGAGCGUAAGAGCUUGCUUCCUCCAGCACCCACCAGUCCACAACACUGUCUGCUUCCUCUUUCCUCUCCCAGCAUAGAAGAUAGAAGGUGACCGGCACAAGCGCACGGCUCUGAAAGUCUGAUCUCUCUGACGAUAGGUCGCGCACCCUGUUCAGAUAUGAUCUCCGGCAUGCAGCAGCAGGAGGAGGCAGGAGGAGCUGACCUGCAGCAGGUGAUCAGCGGGAAGGAGGAGGCGCUGGUGUUCGCCACCUGGGACUGCGGGAGCCCGCUGUACGACUCCUUCGAGCUCGCGUCGCUGCACCGCGUCCUGGAGAGCCACCUCAUGGUCCUGCCGUUCCCCGGGGCCGCGGCGUCGCGGUCCCGCCGUCUGGAGCGUCGGGGCGGCACGGCGCCGCCGCCGCCGCCGCCGCCUGGAGAGACCAAUAGCCGCAGCACGGUGAGGUUCAGGCGGCGGGAGGUGGGGAGGAGGAGCAAGGGUUGGAGGGGGAGCAAGGCCGCGGCGGCGAUAUUCAGAGCUGUUACGUGUUGGAGGAAGUUGUAGGGUGAUCGGGCGAUUCUGUAUAGGGUGAAUACAUUACUAUCGAUUGUUGUCUGAAUUUGAAUCGACUACUUGUUUUUUGUUGUUGUGGUA